CUAGGAUGCCCAAAGCCUCUCGACGCGCGCGCCAGGAGACGCCGUACCGUUGCGAAGCGCUCGCCUGCGACGCGCACGCGUGCAGCGCGCCGUCGCCGCGACGCUCUCGACGCACCAGCAGAGUCACAGCGUGUCGUCGCCGCGCCAGCCAUGGCCGCGAUGGCGCCCCUCGAAGUGCAGAUGGGCGACGUCAACGCCCAGAAUUUGGGACAAUUGCGUACCUUAAAUGAGCACACCUUCCCCGUGCGCUACGCGGACAAGUUCUACGACGAGAUUCCCACGCUGCCCGAAGGGCUGGCGAAGUUCGCGUACUGCGGCGGGUUUGCCGUCGGGAACUGCUGCGCGCGGCUCGAAGCCUUCCGUGAUCCCGCCGAGAAGAGGAAGAAGCUCUAUAUCAUGACCAUUGGUGUGUUACACGCGUACCGGCGGCGCGGCAUCGGGCGCAAAUUACUGACGCAGCUCCUCGAGAGCGCCGCCGCGCGCAAAGACGUAAGGGUCAUCUACCUGCACGUGCAGACGGGCAACGACGUCGCCAGAGAUUUUUAUGUGCAGUUCGGCUUUCGCGAGAUCGGCGUCAUCCGCGGCUACUACAAGCGCAUCCAGCCGGACUCGUGCUACGUCCUCGCGAAGGCGCUUUCCGACGGAGACGACCCCGCUGCUUUGUUGGCCCAGGAGGUGCCGGGGCUCGAGGCGUCCUAA